AUUAUCUAAAUUUUCAUGAAUUCCCCUAAAAAAAGUUUUAUAUAAACUUUCAAAUAUCUCCUCUUAUCUCUCUCACGAAAAUUUUAACGGAAAUUCAAUUGAAAUUUAAAAAAUGGGUAAAUCUCAUUCAAAAGUACCGUUACCAAGAUUCAGGAGGGGUAGUCGAGAUGAAUACAUACAUGAAUGUAUUAAUAAAAGAAAAUAUUAUGCUUCUUAUAUUUUCCCUUCUGAUAAUGAUGAAGUUGAUCGAUUAACAGUACAACAUUAUAUCUUUCAACAUAUAUGGGAAUCCAAUUUUUCUUCUCCUGUAAAAGAUUUAUUGAAAAGUGGUGCUAAAGUAUUGGAUGUUGGGUGUGGUCCCGGUGUCUGGGUUUUAGAGAUGGCUGAUAAGUACAGAGAAAGUACUUUCACGGGAAUAGAUAUUGUCGCUAAUUUUCCUCAAACGAUAAAACCCGAAAACACGAAUUUUUUUACUGGAGAGGUUAAAAGGCUACCUUUUGAAGAUAAUACAUUUGAUUUCGUUUAUAUGCGAUUCAUGAUGUUUGCUAUUACAAUGGAUGAUUGGCCUGAAGCAAUAGACGAAUUAGUUCGAGUAUGUAAACCAGAUGGAUGGAUCGAAAUAAUGGAAAGAGAUAUACUUUGGUAUAAUGAGACAGAAAUAGUUCGGAAUUGGAGAACAAGAAUCGUCGAUAAACUGAGAGAAGAAAAAGGAAUUGAACUUAUUAUAACUCCACAUAUUCCAAGAUUUUUAUAUACAAAUGAUAAAUUGACUAAUAUUAAAUGUGAUGAAAGAGAAGCAAAAAUUUCUUGGGGUGGAAAAAUAUAUGAAGCUUAUGGAAAAAUGAUAAUAUGGGGUGCAAAAAAUUUAUCAAAUGCAAUAUCAGAAAUUCAAUUUAAUGAAGGUGAAUAUGAUUAUUUAGUUGAUGUUGCAAUCGAUGAUAUUGCCAAGAACAAAGGAUAUGAUAAAAGUUACCGAUUUUGGGCUCAAAAAAAAAUAUGUUAAUGUUAAUCUAUGCUAUAUCU